AUGGCACCUGCAGCACUCAUCGCCCCAGAGCCGCCCGUCGUCAUCGGGCCGGCCACCAAGAAGGCUACACGGCCUUCCAGCACGCUUCCCCAGUCCCUUAUCGACGGUGCUCGCAUCGCUAAGAAGGACACCUUCGACGCAGCCAAGCAUCUCAACUUCCAACCCCCGAAGCGCAUCUACACCAUGGAGGAGAUCGGCCUGGAAGGGCAGGGCAUCUCCCCUCACGCCGGCUCGGACCCCUUCAACCUCUUUAACGAGGAGGCCAUCAAGCAGAUGAGGGCAGAGAUCUUCAGUGAUGAAGUCCUGGCUGACUGCCAGUAUUCGUCUACUUUCAAUAAGCACAUGGUCCGCGGCAUGGGCCCAGCACGCGCUCCCUUCACCUACGCUGCAUGGAACGACCCUGAAGUUCUCCGCCGCAUCUCCGAGGUGGCCGGCAUCGACCUCAUCCCUUCCGUCGACUUCGAAAUCGCCAACAUUAAUAUCUCUGUCAACAGCAACCCCGACCAACCUGUGCCGGAACAGCAGGUCCCGUCCAACGAUGAGCUGCCCGCCGUUGCUUGGCACUAUGACAGCUUCCCCUUUGUCUGUGUGACUAUGCUCUCUGACUGCACUGGCAUGGUUGGUGGUGAAACAGCUUUGCGCACACCUUCCGGUGACAUUAUGAAAGUCCGGGGCCCAGCAAUGGGAACUGCCGUUGUUCUGCAGGGACGGUACAUCGAGCAUCAGGCAUUGAAGGCCCUCGGCGGUCGUGAGCGGAUUAGCAUGGUCACUUGCUUCCGUCCCAAGGACCCCAUGGUCCGCGAUGAGACUGUCCUGGUCGGUGUCCGUGGUAUCAGCAACAUUUCCGAGCUCUACACCCAAUACACCGAGUACCGUCUGGAGCUUUUGGAGGAGCGUCUUCGCCUUAAGCAGAAGGAGGAGCGCCGCCGUGUCGUGGCCAACCGGCCAUUUGAUAUUGCUGAUAUGCGGCAGUUCUUGAAGGAACAGAAGUCCUUCCUGGAGUCGAUGUUGGAGGAGAUCAUUGAAAUCGACUAA